GAACUGACAUUCACAUUCCUCGUAUACGGCCCUUGCAAUCUGACCUGGUUUUGGAUUAAAUUAGUGAAAAUUAAAUAAAUUAAACAUGAGCAUCGACCCGCGCCGCAAAGAGAAGAUAAUCCGCUACAAGGCGCCCAAGAACCAGGGCCAAAGUGGCGGCGCCAAUGAGGACAUGAUGCCGGAUUACAUGAACAUACUGGGCAUGAUUUUCUCCAUGUGUGGACUGAUGAUGAAGCUCAAGUGGUGCGCCUGGUUUGCCCUCUACUGUUCCUGCAUUAGUUUCGCCAGUUCCCGGGCCAGUGACGACGCCAAACAAGUGCUCUCCUCCUUCAUGCUGAGUGUUAGCGCCGUGGUGAUGUCCUACCUCCAGAAUCCGGCAGCCAUGACCCCGCCCUGGGCUUCCUAGCACUAAAAAGGAAUAUAGACUCGAUGUCUAGUCUAAUGUAGAUGAAGAUGUAUACUUUAUUGCGUUCCGAGAGGGAUUAAAGAGGGACUAUGAAAACAA